AUGGCAUCCCUCUUCGCCGCCCGUCGCAAACCAAAACGAAUUACAUCCUCGGAGCCGCGCGACGACGAUACUACAAAGUCCACACAAGAUGCUCAGCAGUCUACUGACGGCGUGGCAGAUGCAGACACAGAAGACAACGGUCCAGUAGUCAGGAAGCCAACCACAGCACCAAAACAGAAAUCGAAACUACGCAUAUCUUUCGAUCCAGGCGUGGCCAACGUAAUUGCAGGAGAUAGCGAUGUGUCAACAGCGAGGAGGCCGCAGAAUUCCAGUCGACUAGCUGUGUCCCGAGCCGUGGAAACGUCGAGAGAAGAUCGCGACAGAGAUGGUGAACGACCGACAUACUCGAAAUCCUACCUAGACGAGCUAAAGGGUAGCACGCCAAAUACUCCCAAAGACCUGAGUGCGCAAGUCUCAAGCGCCGAAGAUGACCACGACAACGACCUUGCGCUCAUUCAGCCGCAAACUCAAGCCCUAGACAUUGCCUCGAAAUUUGGAGCCACUGCCACAAAACCUGGCGCUAUACCCUCUGCAGCUGAAAUAGCCGAAAAGAAAGCUCGACGAGAGCGUCUGGCGAAAGAAGCACAGGCAUCUGCAAUUACGAUCACAGCUGGAAGAGGUAGAAGUGUCAAGAAUAACGACGACUAUGUCAGUCUGGAGGCCUACGAUAGUGACGGCGAAUUCAAGCCUAGCCGUAUGCAAGUCAGCACAUAUUUACAGAAAGAUCGCGCCGACAAUGAGCUGGAAUAUACACGGCUCCUGCCCGAAGAUGAAGACAUAGCAGAAGGCUUCGAGCAAUUCGUUGAAGAUGAGACGCUGGGACAGAAGAAGAACAAGAAUAGGAUAAACAUGAGCAUGAGACUCGAUUCAAGCGCAGAGAGAGCCGCCAUACGGAAACAAAUCGACGCCGUCGAAGGUGGUGCUGAUGCAGACUCCGACGCAAGCGACAACUCCUCCAGCGAAGCCUCCGACGCAAGCGCCGAACACGCAUACAUGGCCGCACAAACCCGCCACGGCGCCGGCUUCAGCCACCUCAGCAAAGAAGAGCGAAGACGCCAGGAACGAGAAGCGCAACGACCACGCCAACCAGAUAAAACAACGCCAAUACCUACACUUGCAGCAGGUGUAGCUCGUCUCAGAGAACUGAAAGAACAGGCCGAGCUAGGCAAAAGAAAGGCUGAGAGUAGAAAAGUCGAGAUUCAGAGGAGGUUGAAAGAGGUUGCUGCUGAGCAAGUACGGAUUCAGAGUGCGCUCGAUGAACUUGGGAGGCAGUUGGAGGAGACGAAUAGGAGAGUCGAGGAGCAGGGAGAAGUUGGGCAGAGGAAUGGUGCGGUUGAAAGGGGGUUGGAUAGUAUGGGUGGGCAGGGUCACUGA